AUGCACUGGAUCGAAGCAUACUAUGGCGACAAAGUGGAUACCUUUGACCGUGACAGCCACAGAUGCGACACCUCUCCCCAGACCAACAAUUCGGGCCCACACAAGCAGCAAACGCACCGACAACCGGACAAGCACCCGUGCCGCUUCUGUCCUCACUCAAGCUCUUCCGCAACGGCUGUCGCCAUUCACGAGAGGACGCACACUGGCGAGAGGCCCUUCACUUGUGGUGUUUGCGAGAAAAAGUUCACGCAGAAGUCUCAUUUGAUAGCUCACGUUAGAAUUCACACCGGAGAGAAGCCGUUCAAGUGCAACACGUGCAGCAAGACGUUUUCUCUGAAACGCACCUUGGCGGUUCAUGAGAAGAUUCACACCGGAAAAAAGCCGUUCAAGUGCAACACUUGCAGCUGGGCGUUUACUGAGAAAGGCACCUUGGCGGAUCAUGAGAGGACUCACACCGGAGAGAAGCCGUACAGGUGUGAUACCUGCAGUAGAGCCUUUACGGCUAAUAGCGGUUUACGCCAACAUCGGAAUAGGCAUCACAAGUGA